GGCGGCGGUGAGGGUGUGGACGUCGCACAUUCAAUCUACAAGGGACAUCAAAACGCUGCUAAUAACUCCGUCUCUGUAACUGCAUUACACCGCAACAGGCCGUUAUACCUGGCGUCGCGUGAGCGCUGCUGAGACUCUCUGAUUGCAUACCUCAUUGUCCCAAAUGAGGAACUGAUGCUGGCCAGGACCCUGCUGAACCCCUCGGGUCGCCUCUCUCAUCGGUUCCAGUUUAGUUCUGCGUCGACUCCCGCGGGUGCACCUUAAGAGAAGAAGAAUUCAGCAGCCAAAAUGGAUGAUAUCUUUACGCAGUGCCGGGAAGGCAACGCAGUGGCAGUUCGCUUAUGGUUGGACAAUACAGAGAAUGAUCUCAAUCAAGGAGACGACCACGGCUUCAGCCCUCUCCACUGGGCAUGCAGGGAGGGCCGCUCCAGCGUGGUGGACAUGCUCAUCAUGAGAGGGGCCCGCAUUAAUGUCAUGAACCGCGGAGACGACACGCCUCUGCACCUGGCCGCCAGCCAUGGACAUCGUGACAUCGUGGGAAAGCUGAUCCAGUGCAAAGCAGACACUAAUGCAGCCAAUGAGCAUGGGAACACACCACUGCAUUACGCCUGCUUCUGGGGCCAAGACCAAGUGGCUGAGGACCUUGUGACUAAUGGGGCUCAGGUGAGCAUCUGCAACAAAUAUGGGGAAACUCCUAUGGACAAAGCCAAACCUCAUCUGCGUGAACUCCUCAGAGACAAAGCAGAGAAAAUGGGACAGAACUUAACUAAAAUUCCCUUCAAGGACACAUUCUGGAAAGGCACCACCAGGACUCGACCCCGCAAUGGCACUUUGAACAAACAGGCAGGCAUUGACUACAAACAGCUCUCUCUCCUGGCCAAAAUAAACGAGAACCAGUCUGGAGAGCUGUGGCAGGGACGCUGGCAAGGAAAUGAAAUUGUUGUUAAGGUGUUAAAAGUUCGCGACUGGACCACGAGGAAAAGCCGAGACUUCAAUGAGGAGUAUCCCAAACUCAGGAUAUUUUCCCACCCGAAUGUCCUACCCAUGUUGGGAGCAUGUCAGUCUCCUCCCGCCCCUCACCCUAUCAUCAUCACACACUGGAUGCCUUACGGCUCCCUCUACAACGUGCUGCAUGAAGGCACCAACUUCGUGGUGGACCAGACACAGGCGGUGAAGUUCGCUCUGGACAUUGCUUGUGGAAUGGCCUUCCUACACACACUUGAACCCAUGAUCGCUCGCCACUAUCUCAACAGCAAGAGUGUCAUGAUAGAUGAAGAUAUGACAGCCAGAAUCAGCAUGUCAGACGUCAAGUUCUCCUUCCAGUGUCCUGGCAGGAUGUACUCACCCGCAUGGGUAGCCCCUGAGGCCCUGCAGAAGAAGCCAGAGGAGAUCAACCGCCGGUCAGCAGACAUGUGGAGCUUCGCUAUCCUGCUGUGGGAGUUGGUGACCAGAGAAGUGCCGUACGCUGACCUGUCCAACAUGGAAAUUGGCAUGAAGGUUGCCUUGGAGGGUUUGAGGCCCACUAUCCCUCCUGGCAUUUCACCCCACAUUUGCAAGCUCAUGAAGAUAUGCAUGAACGAAGACCCAGCAAAGAGGCCUAAAUUUGACAUGAUUGUGCCAAUUCUGGAAAAAAUGCAGGACAAGUGAAAAUCCUCCUCCGCCCUCCUGUACUGAACAGGACAUCUUACCCCAAAUGGUGGUGUGGUGCUUACCAGUAUUGCCUUAAACUCUAAUUCUACAGCUGCAUUCAACGCCACUGUUGCUUCUGCUUCUGAGACGAAUUCAGCAGCAGCCACUUCUUUUAUAUUGUUUUUUUUUUCUUUUUUUCAAUGUGAUAUCAAGUUUUUAUUUGUGUCUUCUUUGUCACUGAUCUGCUGAUACUGUCUCCGCAACUUGUAAUCAUGUGGACUGGAGUACAAUCUUCCUCAAUCUUCUAGACUGAAUAACCUGUGGAGGUCAGUAUGACAGUGUGGUGCAUUGCUUCAGUGGAUAUAAGACCUCAUUUUGUAUCUGGAGUGGGCUCACUAUGAAAAGGUCACCCUGUAAGGAAAAAAAAUGGUGGCCACCCACUUGUGUUGUGGGGACAAAGUGUGUUUGUUGCAUUAGCAGCAAACCGUAUGCAACUGGGCAAGCAUGACAAAUGUCUGAAACAGAGCAUUUAAACAUAAGGUUAAGAAAUGUGUGCCAAUGAGUGGUGCCAAUGAGAGUACCUAGCAGUGUUGUACCAUUCGGCUUGGCUGUGUAGUGAUGUGCAGAGCUUGACCUGUCUUGAGCAUUGAUCCCUUAUUUGUAUCCUGUGCAACCUGCUGACAAUGAUGUAAAACUGGCCAUAGAAACUGCUGCAAACAUGUCAGUGUUGAUCAUUGCAAUUUUGUGAGAAUUACUUUUCAAAUGUAUUGCAAAAUUGUGGGUUUUCACUUGUUAAUGUAAUGUAAUUAACUAGAUUACUUAAAUGUAUUCUUGUAAUCUAUUUAAUUUCCAUUAUUUUUCCUUCAAAAUCUCAAGUUUAGUUAUGAUUUGAAUUCUGUUAGUUGUAGUAUUCAACAAAGAAAAUGUUUAAAGAGAUCUAAAAGCAUUUAUGCUUAAUUUAAGUGUUAUUUUCAUGUUGAAUACUGGCAUUCUCUGUAAUCCAACAUGAAAUACUGUGUACUGUCAGGAAUGGAUCCUGCAGUCCAGACUGUAAUUUAUUCAUGGAUAUAAUAGGUACAGUUAUAUUUUUUCUUGUCAAGCAUGGAGACUGCUUUCCCUCACAAGUUUAUGGCUACAUCAGAAGCUGCUGGGGACAUUAAGGGGUGGUGUUAACAUCCUGCAAACUGUCAUUGUUCUCCCACUUAUUUUUAGCAUUCUCAUCCUCUAAAUGACAUCUGGCGUUAUAUGAAUCUUGUGGGUUGUUUCUUCUACCUGCAUCCUUUCCGUGCCUCCACCAGCUUGCUUGUUUGUGCUGAAUCACAGGUUGAAGCCAAAAUCAAGAAUGACUUAUACAAAUGUAUGUAUUUAUAUAUAAGUAUAUUAAAAAGGACAAAUAUGG